AUGUCAGUGUCUGCCUGGGCCUGCAGCCUGCGCAAAAAGGCCUGGAACAAUCUUGUACCGGGCAAGUGUCUAGAUAAUAAUACCAUGAUUAUGAUUACAUGUAUUUGGAAUAUUGCGAGCGACAUUAUCAUCCUGGGCCUCCCUGCGAGGAGUGUAUGGAAGUUGAGGAUCCCGAGGAAGAAGAGGAUUAGUAUUGUGCUGCUUUUUGCUACGGGGUUGCUCGCGUGCAUAACAAACGUCUUCAUCAUAAUGUACCUCCUCCGCAUGGCUGGCGCCAACGCCGAUGUCUCGUACAACAUUGCGUGGCUGGGUCUCUGGGUUGCCGCCGAGGUCUCGUUCGGUCUGUGCGUCAUUUCCCUGCUAUCGCUGCCCAAACUUAUGGAGGUUAAGGGCAAGCACUGGUUCGCGCUUGUCGCGAAACCGUUCUCGUCGUUCUCAACUAGCAUUGUGAACUUGACGGGGACGCAACGGGACCAGGAAUGGCACUGCGAAUGGCAGCCCGGAUACGAGUUGGCAGGGGACUGCGGCCGUUAA